AUGUCCGCGGGGCCGGAAUCUCCUGCCCACCCCCACGUCCCCGGCGCCACGCACCUUAGGUACCGCUUGCUUAUGCAGCCGCCAGCGCGUGCGCUCACGCCGGCUGGGCCACGCCGGCCAGGCCACCCCGACCCACCCCGCGGUCAUCCCCAGCCACGGAAAGGCCAGACCGUUCUGGAAUCGGACGUCGCGGGGUGGAGCGGAGUGCAGAGAAAAGGAGGGGGAAAUGCAAGGGGGGGUGGGGGGGAUAACUCUGAGAUAAGGCUGAGCGCAGAUAAGCGCUUCGGGGAGAGGAAAAGACACCAGAAGUUGGUCCGCGGUGUCCCGGGAACCUGGGAGCCUGCCGGGAAUGGAGAAGGUAGACAGGAGCCAAUCGCGGCCCGCAGAGGGCCGGAGAGCCGAGGCCGAGGGGCCUGCGACUAG